CAAGCGCGAUCCUAGUUCCCGACCAGCACGACGAUGAUGCAUAUCAAGCCCAAGAACGAGCAUGACAUUUGGGAAGAGCACUACCCGCUCCUGCAGCCCAACAGCACCAACAACACGCUGCCGAUACACAACUUCUUCUCCCCAGAGGUCGUCAACGCGUACACGUACGGCGUGCAUGCGUUCGUCGUGACCCUGGUGACGCUCUCCAUCUUGUCGCUCACGGGACUCGUGUUGUGCCAGCUCUUCUCCCUCUCGAGUCUCUUCUGUGCCCUUUUCCGACUCUUGUGGCUCGUGUCCCCUGCGGUGGCAGCGCUGUCCCUUCGACACAUCGCCGGCACGCAUCUCAACUUCCGGUACAACGUCAUGGCAUUUCCCAUGUGGGAGAUCCCGCCGCUCGCCGACUUGUUCCGAUGCUACCCCAAGUCCUCCCUCGCCCGCGUGCUGUCCAUGAGCUUCUUCAUCCCACUUCUCUGUCAGGUCGCCGCGUACACCCUCGUCGCCGCCACGCGCAUGGUGAACCCCUUCAAUCGGCCGUUUGUCGAGCGCGCCGAGUCCGUCUUCAGCUUCGACAACCAGGACGCCAAGGACGGCGGGCUCGUGUUCUACGUGUUCUACCUCGUGGUCGCGGGCAUCGUGUGGGACCCCGUGCCGCCGCCGCGCUUCGACUUCGGCGUGGCGCUCAAUAGCCGGCCCAUCGGAUGCAGUUGGCUGCUGCUAAGCUUGUUCCAGGAAAUCGGGUGGAGCGGCGCCCUCUAUCCGGCGCUCGACAUCAUCUUUGGCCACAGCGCGUUCAUGGCGUCUGUGGUCACGGGCGUGAUCUGGGCCGUGUGGCACUGGCCGUUCAUCAUUGCCGAGAAGUACAAGAUCAUCCCGCCCGGCUCGGGGUACUCGGUCGUGGACGUCGAAGACUUUCAAGUGCUGAGCGUGCUGAGCAUCUUCACGAUCCUCCUCGUCGGCUCCCGCAUCAUCAUGUGUUGGAUCCAAGGCAAGUCGAGCUACGUGAUUUGGUCCAGCGUGCUCUACCACGCGUCCCACGGCUUGUUCAUCGUGAGCGUGUUCGGUCAGCUCACAGGCCCUUUGUAUGAGAAAGCGGACGACUACCCGUACUUUUCCAGCGAAGGCAGCAUCUGCCUCGUCGUCACGACGUGGUUCUCGACGUGCAUCCUCUCCCAACUCUUUCGCGGCAACUACUUUAAGCUGUUUGCGCGUUGGCGGAAGCAGCGCUACUGAUCCAUCUAUUAAUAGCAUAAUACAACUACUAGUAUGCAGUACUAGUAUGUACUAGUGCAGUGUCUAUCGUACUAGUAUGUGUCCUUGGU